GCGCCGUAGCAAGUGCUGCCGCUGCCUACAGAGUUCACGCCGGAACGCUCUAAUCGUGAUGGGUUCCUUUCCUCGGGAUACGAAUUACAGUAAGGAUAGUCCUCGCCCCUGAUCGCCUGUGAACGACCCACCACGCUCCCGCGAGCCACGAGAGUUGCACACUAUAAAUAGAGCGGAUGUGGCCUUUGCACUGACCUGCCUAAACCAGCAGAGCACUCGGGAACAAUUAUUGACGCGCUGAUGCAGCCAUAAAACCGCCCAUCCAGUUACCACCAAGUUACUACACGAUGAGUGACGUUGCCUCUCUCCGCCGCCAGCUCAAGAUCAAGUCUGGCUCUGCCAAACGGUUGUACAAAGAGCAUAAGUCCUACCAGAAGGAAGCGGAGGACCUCACGCGCAAGCUGAACAAGUUGAUCGCGGACAACGCGGAGAAGGAGGAGGACUGGGACAUCAGGAACACGAGGCGGAUGCUUGAAGAGACGCAGAAGAUGAUCCACGAUACCUCGAGUCGGCUCGGAGCUGCCGCCACGGACCUACGGGAAGUCGCCGUAGCGGCAGAGAAGGUGCCGGAACUGCACGCGGAGCCGGAGCUCAUCGCUGCACAGGAGACUCUCGAGACAAUCAGCAUAUAAGGCGACGAGAAGUCGUGAAGCAAGACCGUAACUGUACU